ACAUACUCGUUAUCACUACUCAAGGAGCCGACACAUCACAGUAUCAGAGACUCAUCCUCUCUUAUCUAAAAAGAAAACGAAGAAAACAUUUGAUUAGCGCUGCUCGCGCACAUGCUUACACGCCAGCUCUGAGGAGGCUGGGUCGAAGCUAGAGAGAGUACCUGAGAAUGGAAUGGAAUCUCGGAAGAAUGGAAAGUGAACUGAGACACAUCAACCCAGACCUGCUGCAGCCCAGCAAGAGCUUCAAGAAGCCCACGUCAGGCACUAUCACAAUCAACGUUGGGGGCUUCCUGUACACUGCUCACCGGACCACCCUUGCUAAGCACCAGGGUACCUUUCUGGAAGAGCUAGCCAAUGGUAAGAAACCCGUCCAGCACAUGGAUUCAAUGGGAAACCCAUUCAUCGACAGAGAUGGUCCAGUUUUCCGACAUGUGCUCAACUACCUUCGAACUGGAGAGCUCCAGCUACCUGACGACUUCCGGGAGGCGGGGCUCCUCCGAAAAGAGGCCGAUUUUUACCGUCUGGUUGAACUUGUAGAAGCGGUGGCUGAGUGGGAAAGUCAUAGGGCUGCCCAGCGGGAGCCUGCAUUUUUGGAGAUGACAGAUAGCCAUGAGAGGUCACAAGGUCUCAAGGUGUAUUGCAGUGACGCCACCUUCAUCGAUAAAAUCAAAGGCCGCCUGGUGCAGAUCUCCAAGAGUCGUCUGGAUGGCUUUCCAGAAGAAUUUGAGGUGUCAUCCAAUGUGAUCCAGUUCAGACAUUUCAUCAAGUCGGAGCCUGGCUCGCGACUUGUGCUGAAGGAGGACAGCACAUUCUUGUGCACGCUUGACUGCCUGAAACUAGAGACAGUAAUGCUAGCCUUGAGGUCCGGCUUCAGGCUGGUCACCAGCCUUGACAGCAGCAAAGGCUCCAUUGUGGCAGUUGAAGCUCUGCAUUUUGUCAAAUAGGCUGAAGGGGAGCUAGAGGAAAGAAGAGAGGUCUGAGGCUGAGCGUAAAACAAAGCAGCAGUGCCUGAUUCCAUAUCCGCUCUGCUAACAUUUGGUUUUGGCUUGAAGGUCUUGUAAUAUGUAUCGAGCUGUGAUUUGUCCUUGGUGGAAAAAUACAUGAAAAAGCAGAGUGUGCUUUCACAUGUUGUUCGUAUAUUGAAAUUUCAUUGCGCAAUUUUGGCUCAAAAUCAAAGCAUUUAAUCUGUUCGGAAUACUUUUAGUGCCAUUAUCUGCAGGAAUGCUAUUUUGGUAUCAACUGCCAUUUCUAUUGCAUAUAAUUGAUCUAGGCCAAUUUACUACUUAAAGAGGAUUAGAUUAGUCCUCAUAAGGGCAAUGCAGAUGGCACAGUGACCCCUUCAACAUAAAAGACAAGUGAAAAAGUGAGAUUCUCAACAACUGACAGCUUCACAAGUGGUUUCUCGUCACAUUUACUACUUCUGCUGCUUUUCCAAUAGCUGCAGCCCUUAAAACUAACCAUGAUGUUCACCAUUCUGCCACUCAGCCUUUACUAGUGUGUGUUACAAUACAAUGUGUGUACUUGGUUUAAUAGCUCAUUAUGUACAAAUAGGUUGGCAUCCAAAUCAGAACCAGCAUCUCUCAGUUUCUCUUUUCAUUGCAUUAAGCAUUUAGUGCAAAACAACUGUGACUGUUGUAAGGGCUUUGAAUUGAGCAUGAUUCUUAUGUGCACUUAAUAAAUUUUGUGUUGGUGCUGUGAGCCUCUGUGUAGUCAGUGCAUCAAUCAUGACUAUGUGAAUAUUUUAUGAAUAAAAUUACACUGAAACCCUCAGUGACA